AUGUCGAAACAACAGGGUCUCCUCCUCCCUUUCUUAUACCCCUGUUUGAGUGACCGGUCCCACCAAUCGAGUAGGUCGCUCCAAAGGGUAGUCGAUCGUCUCUCCAGCCAGCGCCGGAGCUUGAGUCAAUCAACACGUGCACUACGACCUGCUACAUCUACGUUACCGUCCGUCCAUAAAGCCUCUCCCCAGAUACUCCAUCACCUCUCUCCUAAACCGGACGACUACUCCCGCUCGAUCUUUGUUGACAAAUGCAGCAUAACCGUCCACGCUGGGUCCGGCGGCAACGGCUGUGCUUCCUUCCUUCGCGAUACACACACUCCCGAUGGCCCUCCUAAUGGCGGUGAUGGUGGUUCUGGUGGCAAUGUGUGGAUUCAGGCCGUGAAAGGUCAAACCAGCCUGCACAAGCUCGCCAGACGUGGAACUGUCAAAGCAGGCCGCGGUAUCGGUGGACAGGGCGGCAAUAAAGGCGGAUCGCGUGGAGCAGAUGUUCUGAUCCAAGUUCCUCCGGGGACUGUGGUGAGGGAGGUAGGGAGAAGUGAUCCAGCUGCGGAGGAGGAAGAGAAGGAAAGAUUAAGACUUGGCGCUGGGGAGACGCUGGAGUUCGAGACACUUCAGGACACGGCGGGUAGGAGAGCGGCGGAGAAGAGAGAGAGAUGGGUCUACUACCCUGGCGCGAAGGCUCAAGGAGAUACGCGGGUUACCAUGCCGCCACCUCCAAAGCUAAGAAGAUCGAAUCUCGCCAUGAUGGCUCCACAAGCACCGGUCGAACUUGAUCUUUCUGAGCACAUGGAGAAGCCUAUGUUGCUAGUAGCUGGCGGAAUGGGUGGACUGGGAAAUCCCCACUUCGCAACAAGAGAUACACCCAAACCAAAGUUUGCAAGCAAGGGCGAGCUGGGAGCGAGAUUGACUUUGGAGCUGGAAUUGAAGCUCUUAGCUGACGUCGGUCUUGUGGGAUUACCAAAUGCAGGAAAGAGCACGUUGCUGAGAUCAAUUAGCAACAGUCGGACAAGGGUCGGUGACUGGGCUUUCACUACGUUGUCACCUAGCAUCGGAACGGUUAUUCUCGAUAACAAUCAAGGGAGACCCAUCGUUCGAUCAGGGAAUGAGGACGGUCAAGGUCCAAGAACAAGCUUUACAAUUGCAGAUAUUCCCGGGCUGGUCGAAGACGCACAUCUCGACAAGGGGCUGGGACUUGGCUUUCUCCGACAUAUCGAGCGAGCAAGAAUCCUAGCUUUUGUCGUUGAUCUUAGCGUUGCAGAUGCUGUCCUUGCUCUACAAAACCUCUGGAAAGAGGUUGGAGAAUAUGAAAAUCUGAGGAACAGAGAGUUGAACGAAGAUACCGAGCACAGAAUGGUUGAGUGGAAGUCUUUCGAUUCUGCGACAACUGUGCCGGGCGAACACGACGAAGGAGGGGUGGGAAUGAUCAUACACCCGGAACCUGCUCGGGUGCUGGAACCCCUCAAGCUUCCUCCCAUCUCGUCGAAGCCGUGGUUCGUGGUUGCUACAAAAGCAGACAAGGAGGAUACCAAGGAGAAUUUCGCCAAUCUUCAGGCAUAUAUUAGGGGUGUGGAGUCCGGAGAGAUCAAUCAUCCUAGUGGAAGAAAGAAUGGAUGGCGAAGCCGGGUUGCUGCUAUGCCUGUUAGCGCUAUACGGGGUGAGGGUGUGAACAGGAUCCCAGCCUGGGUAGCGGCAUUGUUGGACUCUUCGUAA